CGGAUGUUUUUAAAAUCUGUUUAAAAUCUGUUAAUAUCAGUCCAAUCAUAUUUAUUAUAAUGAAACCAUCUAACCCUAGUGAUACAGCAGAAGAACAAGUUUCUUUUCUAAGGAUAUAUAUCUGGUCUGUAUUAUACCACCUAGUUAAGGCAUGCUAAAGGUGGAUGUCACAAAUAUCUGUUGCUAAUUAUUUUACUAAAUUGGUUAUCAUUUUACUAACUAAAUUGGUCCUAAUUCAUUGCAUAUGUUGGAUGAGCAAACAAAGCCAAGUAUGCAAACAUUUCUUGUUACCAAAUACAGACUGCGAAAACUUCUUUUGAGGCACUACAGACCUGGUCAGGAUACCAAUGUAUUUUACACAUAAAAAGUGGAUUCCUAUGCAAAAUAUUUACACUUCCCGCACAUUUUGUGACUGUAAACUGAUACGAGCAUGCACAGUUAUUAUUCAAACAGGUGGUUGAAUAACUCUACAUUUUUCAUUCAUUUUCUAAAAAGUAGAAACAGAUUCAACUGGUGUUAUCAUCAAAAUUAUGAAAAUCAGAACUUACACUAUUGUUACAUGGCUUGUGAAAGAGCCAAAAAAAGAAAAGCAGAUUGUAGAGUAGAAAGGUGCAAUUUGAGAGACCAUAGUCAAAGAAAAAACACUAUUAUGCACAUUACUUGUCCUGUAUGUACUAUUUCUGUUAGAGGAGAUAAGGCAUUAAAAUCACAUUAUUUGAUGGAAAUAAAACGUAUGCGAAAGCCAUUCGAAAACAUGGAGUCAAAAAGAAAGUUUUACAGAAUGAAAUUACGAAGUUCUAAUGCUGAACAAGAAGAAGAAUCUUCCCAUUCUAAUGAAAUUACAGACCUUGAAACCCGUGUUACAGAUUUAAAGGAUAUCAAAAAACGAAAAUUCAAUAGAUAUGCCAAUAUGUUUCUCCUUUCGAAGCAAAAUAAUCAUAAUAAACCAUCUUCGAGUUCUUCUCAAACAGACGAAUCAGCUCAGUAUAAUUUGAUUUCAUGUUCAGUUUGUAAUGAAUUUCUAGAAUUGUCUAAUGAAAAGACAACUAAACAUUUAGCUAAAUGUUUUGCAAAGAGAGAUUAUGAGUAUAAUUUGUACAGCAGCAGUGAUGAAGAGGAGGAGGAAACUGUGGAGGAGUUUUCUUGGGCUGGUCAAACUUGGAUACGUACGUCAUCUCUUGUUGAUUCAGAUCUUUUGCGUCGAGAGGGACGGUUGAUGCGCAUGGAAAUGGAAGAUGGAGAUGAAGAGUUGGAUGUUGACGGUGGUGAUUGGUUUGGUGAACAGCAGUUUGCUGAAACUGACGUGAUACCGUGCACAUCGAAUUCUGCUGGCAAAAAAACACGUGUCUUGCGUGCACCGGUUACGGAGGGACCCAGUUGUGGUAAUCAAUAUUCCAACUCAACUAGCCAUUCGAACGACGCGUUGCAACAGGCUAGUGAGGAAAGUAUCAAAAUGCUGGAAGAAAAAAGCGCAGGGGAUAGUAAAAAAUUUAUCGAUUCACUAAAGCAUAAAAUCAUCCAGAUGGAAGAGCGACUUGAUAUUGAGGUUUCAAAGUGUUCAAUCUGCAUGAAUCCAUAUACUGAUCCUGUGGUUUCGACCGGUUGCUGGCAUGUUUGUUGCAGUGAAUGCUGGAUGCGAACUCUCGGUGCAAAAAAAUUAUGUCCGAAGUGUAAUAAUAUUGUAGCUCCUUCUCAAUUAAGAAAAAUAUAUUUAUAAGUUUAGAA